UUAUAUUACUAUUAAUCUUUUUAGUUUAAUUUUGUUCGUAUUUUCUGGUGUUAACAUGUUAAUUAAAAUACUCAUUGUUAGUUUUAUAUUAUCUCUAAAUUUGAAUAAUUUUGUUUUAAGUGAUAGUAAACUCAACUGUUACUAUUCUAAGCAUAUGCUUUAUUAUCUCGAAACAAAAGUAAUUUAUUUGAAAAAAAUUGAAUCGAAAAAUCCAAUUCCUGUUAGUAUAAUUGAAGAAUUUGAAAACGAAAUAAAAAAUAUGAGAGAAGUUGUUUUAACUUUGUUGGAAAAUAUAUAUUAUGAUUAUAAAAAUGAUAUCGAAGUUUCAAAUUUGCAAAGGCGUUUUAAUCCAUAUUCCUUCGCAUAUGGAUUGAUUGCAUUAAAUUUAUAUUUAAAUAAUAUUUAUAACACUUUAAGAUUCUAUACAUAUGUGGAAUUGAGAAAGACAGAAAAAAAGUUAACAGGGUACAGACUUUUUAUAAGAGAAUUUCGAAAAAAUACCCAUUAUAUAACUCAUUAUCUGAGACACAGCCUUAUACAUGAUUGUAAAAAUGAUGAAACGAAUUAUUUUAAUUCACAAGAUUUCUGUUAUGACCCUAGAUUUGAUGACAAACAUCCAAAAUUUGAUUAUUUAAUUAAAUUAUUACCAAAAGUAUCAGAUUACAAUAAAAAACACAUUGUAAAUAGUAAAUUGGAAAAAUUGGAAACGUUGAAAAAGUUGGAUGAAGCCCAAGUUGAGUUUAAACGUGUAAUAAUGGAAAAACCAGAACGAAAUUUCCAUCCAGUAGACAAAAUACAAAAUCGCUUACAUCCCAAGAGUAUUUUACUAUCAGGCUUAUUUCAAGAUAAAAGACCCACUAAUGAGAUUGAUUUAUUAACUGGUAGUUCAGACCCUAUGGACUUACUAAGGAACGUUACCAUAAGUGUAAAACUAAAGAAAGGACAAACAGCAAAUAUAACUACAUUAUAUGAGAUAAUACAACGUGAUUUUAACGUAGAGUGUGUUUAUUCAUAUCAGCAACAAAUUCUAGCUGCGACAAUUCACCCUGUGUACUCUUUAAUACGUACAUUAGCUAAUUUACUGAAAAAAAUAUAUUUUAGUGCCGAUGUGGAUUUCUAUGAAAUUGAAACUAGAUCUAAUGUAUUUGAAUCCCAAUUAAAUCUUAUGAACGAAUCAAUUAAAAAAAUCAUUGAAAAUUUAGUAGACUUGAAAAUAUUUCCUAAAAAUAUGCAAAGUCAUUUAGAAGCCACUUCAAUGCAUUUUAAAAAGAUAUGUUCUGAUAAUAUUGGUAAUCUAAAACUCACAUGGAUUGAUGAACUUCAUAUCAGGUGUACUGAUGUAAUGAGAAUUAAUUUAUUGAUGUUUGAUAAUAUAGUGAAAAAUAUUCAAUUUUAUAAUAAAGAUGAAUGCAAUGAAGUAAUAAUACGACUAAACAAUAAAAUUAAAGAAGUUCAAUCAUAUGUACAAAAUUUAAGUUAUUAUAAAGAAGACUAUCAUAAUAUUUUUCAUUACAUAAUAUUAAUGUCCGGUUUUUAUGCAUUUAAUGAUAGGCUACGUUGCAAUGUAAUAGAAAAAAACAAGUCAGGUUAUUAUUUGAUGAAAAAUAAUUAAGAAUUUUUCUUUAAUGAUAAAAUAAACAAAUUAUUAAAACUAUGGUUUCAUUGUCAAUUAAAGAAAUACAAUAUAACACCGAAAAAAUCGUUUUGAAUUAAUUCAUUAAACAAAUAAACAUUUAUUAAAAAUAUUGCUUGUAAUAUGUAAACAAUUUUAAUAUUUAAUAAAAUUAAUUUUAGCUUCGAUGCGAAGCGGA